AUGUCUCUCCUGCAGGUUCCUCACUUGUUGAAGGUCACCUUGAAGAGCUCACCUUAUUUCCAGCUGGUGGGCCCCAAUGACGUGUGCCGCAAGGUGCCACCGGGCCUCUACACCACUGUCCGCAUCCUCUUCACCCCUGGGCAGAGAAAGGAUUAUUUCCACCAGCUCCUCUGCACCACUGAAAAUGAAGAGUUCAUUGUGCCAAUUUGGGCCAUCGGUGGCCGAGCCAUCCUGGACUUCCCUGACCAGCUGGACUUCUCCACCUGUCCGGUCAAGUACACGACCCAGAAGACCCUGCUGGUUCACAAUGUUGGAAACCGGCCUGCUUGUUACGAGCUGAGCACCCAGAGCCCUUUCUCUGUCACUCCGGCCAUGGGAACUCUGGAUGUUGGUGACGCCGUGGAGGUGGCAGUGGAAUUUCGGCCACUGAAGACUGGUGACCAUUCCAGGUCCCUUGUUGUGCACUACGACACAGGUGAAGACACCCACACAAGCCUUCAUGCCAGAGCUGUGGAUGCCCACAUCAGGCUGGACAGGAAUACUGUGACCCUGGAGAAGACGUACAUCACCAUGUCAAACAGCGCAACUGUGCUCAUCCACAACCGCAGCGACAUCACAGCCCGCUUCCAGUGGAAGGCUGUGGAUACUGAGGAACAGGAGGAACAGCUGAGGCAGAGGCAGUAUCACAGGAUAUACCAGCAGCAAAGGCACAAGUUGUAUAGUUUUCUGAAGGAGCGUGAAGUGGACAUCACUUGCCGAGAACGCCUUGCUCUUCUCAACCACACCUUCCAGAGUGAGGUAGCAAAGAUCAGAGGAGAUCCCAUGCUGUUAGACGAUGACAUUUUCUCCCUUGUGCCAAAGGAGGGUGAGAUCAUGCCGAAGUGCUCGGCUGAAAUCAGCGUGUUCUUCACGCCCCAGGCAGCCCAGGUCUAUGAGCGAACGGUUUACUGUGACAUCUCAGGCCGUGAGAACAGGCUGCCCCUGCUCCUCAUGGGGGAAGGCCUCGGGCCCCGGGUCCAUUUCCACUUUGAGGAACUGAACAUCGGGGAGGUUUUUGUCAGAGUAACCCACAGAUAUGAGGCAUACCUGAUCAACAAGGGGCCUAUUGAGGCUCCCUUCAAACUCAUCCCUCCAACCACAGCCAUGGGCUCCUGCUUCACCUUCCUGCCCCAGGAGGGCAUCGUGGCACCAGAGAAGCUCCAGGCCAUCCGGGUCUCCUUCUGUCCCACCAUCCGGGGGGAGUUUGAGGAACAAUUCUAUUUCCAUGUGGCUGAAUCCCCUAAGCCUGUGAUCUUCACUGUCAGGGGCUCUGUGAUAGGACCCACUUUCCAUUUUGAUGUGCCCGCCCUGCACUUCGGUGACAUCGCCUUUGGUUUUCCUCACACCUUGAAGUGUUGCCUGUUUAACACCUCCCUGACGCCCAUGGGCUUCUCCCUCUACAUUCCUGGGGAUGGCUUGGGAGUGCCCAGUGUUAGCAGCACUACUCAGAUAGGCAAACCCAGCAGCCAGCUGUGGAGGAAGGAAGUUCGAGUUCUGAUAAGGCCACAGGAAUUUACCAUAAACCCCCACAGCGGGACCGUCCGUGCCCUGGGAUCCCAGGAUAUCAAGGUCACCCUGUGUCCCAACACUGUUGGGGACUACAAUCUGGAGCUGGUGCUGGACGUGGAAGAUGUUGGCAGGAAGGUGUUUGCACUGCCCCUCACAGCCAGGUGCAUCGUUCCUACUCUGCGAGUGCUCAACCCUGUCGUGGAACUGGGGCACUGCUGCUUGAAGGUGCUCUAUGAUGAGAAGGUGACCCUGGUGAAUGACAGUGACUUCCCAGGCUGCUACUGUCUUCUCCCUCAGGAACACAAGGAGGAGGCUGCUGCGUGGUACUCCAGCCUUGCACCCUCGGGGAUUAUCGAGGCUCACAGCUCGGUGCAGAUCCCAAUUACACUCCAGGCCCAGUUGCUGGGACAGUGCAGCAUCACUGCCAAGCUGGCCGUGUUUGGGAGACCAGGAUCCCCACUGGAAAUCCGUUUAGAGUGCGUUGGCCAGGGCCCCGUUGUCUAUGUCCAUCCCAGGGAGAUAAACUUCGGCUCUAUCCCAGUCCUAGAGGAUUGUUCCAAAACUCUCCACCUCGCCAAUCAGUGUAAGAUUCCUGCAGCCUUCCAGGUGGAGAUGGCUGUGGAACGUUCCUGCUGGAGGAUUGAGCCCAGUAAAGGAGUGGUCCCCCCCAGUUCUGAGGUGUCCGUGGCUGUCAUAGCUAACCUGAAUGACACAGUGAAAUUCCAGGAGAAGCUGAAGGUGUUCAUUGAGAACAACCCUGUGACCAUCAUCCCUCUCCAGGCUGUGGGCAUUGGCACCACAGUUGUCUCGGACAAACCUCUUGUUCCAAAGCUCGACUUGAAGUCCUGCUUCAGCUUCAGUCGCUGCUUUUACCACUUCCAGCUGACGAACAGAGGCCGCCGCACGCAGCGGCUCUACUGGAGCACGGAAGGGUUCCGCACCUUCCGCCGCAGCGCGCGGGCCCCGGCCCCCGCGGGCCCCCCGGGCAAAGGGGCUCCCCCCAUGCCCAGGCCUGGCAGCCCCGUGUUCAAGCUGUGCCCAGCGCAGGUGGACCUGAGGCCGGGCCAGACUGUGGACAUGGUGCUGGAAGGCUGCUCCAGCACUGUCCAGGAGGUGAAGGAGCGGCUGCUGUGCCACGCUGUGGUGGGGAAAGAGACAGCAAAGAAACAGAUCCUGCAAACAGAUGUCAUCUGCAACUUCAUCUGCCCUGCAGUGCAAAUGUCCCCCAGAGCCAUCGCUUUCCGUGUGGAAAAGAAACCCAGUGAUGUCCUGACACUGCAGUACCAGCCGCUGACAUUAAAAAACACCAGCUCCCUGCCAUUCAGCGUGGUGCUGGACUUGGAGCAGCCCUUCCUGGUCUGCAAUGUCAACCGGAAGCCCCUCCCUGCAAAUUGCAAGCCUUUGCCAGUGGGUGUAGGGAAGGAACUUCAUCUCUGCAUCUGCUUUAACCCAGCUUAUAAGAACAGUCUGAUCAGCUGGGUGGUAAAGAAGGUUCUCAGGGUGAGCUUCGUGGAGCAUCCUCAUGUGGAGAAGAUCCCUCUUCGGGGGGAAGUCUGCUUCCCAAAUCUCCACCUCCCCACCAAGGCCGUGGACUUUGGCUGCAUCAUAAAUGACACUGAACAAGAGUUGAAGAUGGAGAUGACCAACUGCAGCCCACUCCCUGUCAACUACCACUGGUCAUUCCUGACAGACAGCCAGGUGAACACCAUCAGGUUCAUCCCUUCACCACCUAAAUUCAAGCCACGGUCAUUAAACAAGAGGAGAGUGUUUCUACGGAGAUACUCCAGGACUGAAAGUGUGGAGGAGCCAACUGAAACCCCAGAAACAACGCAGGAUUCUGCCCAGGAAGAUUCUGCCCUGGAAGAUUCUGCCCUGGAGGAUUCUCUCCUGGAGGAUUCUGCCCUGGAGAAUUCUGACGAGCAGGAUUCUGCUCAGGAAGAUCAUGCCCAGGAGGAUGCUGCCCUGGAGGAUGCUGCCCAGGAGGGUACUGCCCAGGAAGAUCCUGCUCAAGAGGACUCUGAUCAGGAGGAUUCUGCUCAGGAGGACUCUGACCAGGAGUCAGCAGAUGCAGAGCAUUCCCUGGAAUCAGAGGUGGAUUUUCUUGUGCACCUACCACUUGCUUUGCCUCCUCAACUUGCCACCAAAAAGUCAUACUCGUGCCAACCUCCCUUUUUGCUGCCCUUCCGUCCUGUGCCCUGA